AUGGAUGCAUUUGUCAUGGAAAUACGCAAGCUCGAGAACAAGUUCUCAGGACUCGAGAUCCAUCAUGUGGUUCGGAACAACAACGUGGGGGAAGAUGUGUGCUCGAAGCUGGGGUCCGAUCGAGAAAAUGUCCCAUCAGGAGUAUUUGUACACAAGUUACAUCAUCCGUCCAUCAAGGCACCAGAUCAAAGCACCAUCGCUCCGAGCCCUUCUGAGCCCGACCGAGAGGUCAUGACGAUCGAGGUCGACUGGCGGACAUCGUUCAUCGAUUUCAUCAAAGAUCAGAAGCUACACCUUGGCAUUGAUGCAAAAAGCGCCAAGGCUGUGCGCAUCAUCAGGCCAAGCAAGAGUUAUGUUCUGGUCGACGACAAGUUGUACAAGUGUGGUUCAGCAUCAGGCAUCGUUAUGAAGUGCGUUCCAGUCGAGAAAGGCAAAGAAAUAUAG